CCUGUUUGUAUUUCUUCUCUUUCUGUUGUCCUCUUCAUCCUUCACACUACAAUUGGUAUUUCGGCACAGAAAAGAAAAAAAAAAAGAAACGAACGAUGAGUGCCCGUAUUUCUCACGAAAUGAUCAAACCGUUUUGCGGCGAUACGGAUGUAGUCGCUUGGUUGAAGGAGGUGAAGGUGUUGGCGGAGCUCCACGAUAUAAGCGACCUAGCGAGUUUCAUGCCGCUGUACUUGGAUGGUCCGGCUUUUGCGCUGUAUCUAGCGAUGGAGGAGACGGACCGACUCAGCGCGGAGAAAAUAGAAAUCCGGUUAAUGGAGGCCUAUGCGGAGGGGAUGUUUGAGGCAUACGCUCGCCUGAGUAGAACAAGAUGGACUGGGGAACAGGUGGACGUAUUUGCCGAUGAACUUAGGAGAUUGGCUAAACUGGCGGGUUAUGAGGGAGAGUCGCUGGACCGGACGGUUAGGUUGGCUUUCGUGACAGGCUUUCCUGACAACAUGUCGGUUGAGUUAGAGCUGCUUCCGAACAUUCAUUCGAUGCCGAUGGCAGACAUCGUAUUUCGGGCGGGCGAACUCGUUUCGUGCAGCAGAACGACGUCGGUAGCAGCGACUGCAACAACGAAAAGUGGCCGAGCUAGGAGCAGCGGAGAGGGGUCGAAGAAAGAACGUGUGCGACCGUUCAAAGGACAGUGUUUCCGGUGCCAGGGUCCGCACAUGGUGCGUGACUGCGAGUCACCCAAGCCUGAGGUCAUUUGCUACCGGUGUCGAGAACCGGGGCAUAUAGCCAGCGAAUGUCUGCGGAGAAACGGACUGAGGGAGACUACUGCGCCGGUAGUUGUCCCUUCAGAUCAAUAGAGGCACGUUUAUCGUCACUACCUGUGGUCGACAUUCUGGUGGAGGGGAAGGUGUCGCGAGCCCUUGUGGACACGGGCUGUACGACAACCCUGAUGACUCCAGAAGUGGCAGAGACUUGGAGUGGAGAAAGCAGUGUAAGAGCAGUCGACGAAAGAGAAGUACACUGAAGGCGUUACAGAUGCACGGAUUAUAGUGCAGGGAAUACAGCUGACGCUGCGAGCAAUUGUGGUUGGCCACUUGGUGGACAAGAUUGACGUGGUGACCUUCAGGGCGGCAUACCGGCCAAGAGGAAAUGGGGUGGUGGAAAGGCAUCAUCGUACCAUCAAGGCCAUGGCAGAGAGGGGUCACAUUUCACCAAUCGAGGCUGUAUUUUGGUACAAUAUGUCACCCAGAUCAGGACAGACUGAGGAGUUGGUGCCACUCAGGGCAAUAUUCAGGUACAAGUGGAGGCAUCCGUGUACUGCAUCAAUGCGACCCAGGGCAGAGGAAGAGCACGAUUUCGUGCAGGUCGGGGAAGAAGUUUGGGUAAAACCCCCAAACGCAUGGUGUACAUCACGAUGGGGAAAGGGGACAAUAACCUGUAAAUUCAAAGAACAACAUCUCGGUCGAUGGUAUGCCACGCCACGUUUUGGAUAUACGGAGGAUUGUCCAUGCCUCAGAGGAUGGGACCAGCAGCAGUGGGCAAGAUGAAAACAACACCAGUAGACAGGAUGAUGAGGCUAGCAGCAACUUGCCAGGCACCAGUCCUAGGGUCGCACUGUGACCACAGAGGGAACGGCACCCUCCUCCCUGGUUGGCUGAUUAUGAAACCAGUUUAGGUGUGAGUUUGGGAGCCGGGAGUAAGUGAGAAAGUCGGUUCAGUGAUCUGUUGAUCAGGGGGGCGUGGAGAGGCGGGC